UUUCAUUUUUUUAUGGGUUGACUCAGUCGUCAUUUAGCUGAAACAUCACCUUAUUUUGAGGGACUGAAACAGAAAGACGUUGAGGUACUUUUUUGCUAUGAGCCGUAUGAUGAACUGGUUCUGGUCCAACUUCGACAGUUUGACAGAAAGUAUGUUAUCUCAAUGGAAAAAGAAAUAAGACGAGAGAAAGAAGACACCUCUGUGGAAGACUUAGGAGAAGAUAGUCUGUCAAAAACUGAAGCCACGAGUUUAGUCGAUUGGCUGAAAGGAACUCUGGGAGACAAAGCCCAUAAAGUACAGAUAACAAAACGACUGUCCUCUCAUCCGUGUCUGGUCUCCGUUGAAGAAAUGGCUGCGGCACGCCACUUUGUACGUACGUCUCUUCAGUCCAUUCCAGAAGAUCAAAGGUAUAAACUAUUGGAACCCACUCUCCAGAUUAACCCCAGCCAUCCAAUCAUGAAGAAACUGAGCUUAUUAAAAGACAAUAAUCCACAGUUAGCUGAGCUGCUAGCCAAACAGGUUUUUGACAAUGCCAUGGUGACAGCAGGAUUAGUGGAUGAUCCUCGAAGAGUAACAGGAAAUCUAAAUGAGCUAAUUACCAAACUUUUAGAAAGUCAUUAGAACAAUUUGUAAUUCCAAGAAAAGUUUUGUUUAGAACUGUUAACUUGUUCGUGUAGGUUGUAGUGAAGAUAGAAUAAUUAAGUUUAUAAUUAAAAUAUUCCAUAACGAACUUCACUGACCAUGUUCUCAUUACCAUAGUUUCUGAUCUAUUGAAUUAUAAACUGUAUGACAAUUUCACAUUUCACUUUUUUCAUUGCUGAGAAUGGUGACCUGGUGUAGUUUUAAACACAAUGAACUAUAACAUUCUAGGGCACGUGUUUAAGUUAUAGAGAUACAGUUCCUACCACGGAAUUAAAAUAAAUAAACAUAACUUGAAGUAUCA